GCUCUUCUUCGCAAUAGAACAUCUUUGAUGGACGUGUCGCGUCUCGGCCAAUCAGCGUUCAGAUGUCCACAGCGUUUGGGAAGUUAGGUUAGCUUGAAUGUUAGUCCGCUACAUCUGCUGCUGUCACGCUGCACGGUGUAGCGAUACUAACAAAGUACCCACAUGUCAGACCAAGUUCCCCCAGAGGUGAGACCCAAACCGGCCGUCCCCACCAAGCCCCCAAAUGUGGGGGCUCCUUCCCCUUCCAGCCCCUUCCCGCCCCAGGGCUUUGGAGGAGGAGGAGCUUCAUCUCUGCCUCCAAGUGCCAUUCCGGUCGCCAUCGGGAGUCACGUGGCCAGCCACACUGUGGGCCACGUCGGGGGUCUCGCCGCAGCACACAACGGGGGUCAAGCCCAUGCAGGCUCCAACAGGUCCGCCGGUGGAUCCAUUCUGAUGGGCUAUAUUGGUAUUGACACCAUCAUCGAACAGAUGAGGAAGAAGACCAUGAAGACGGGCUUUGACUUCAACAUCAUGGUAGUCGGUAACAGCGGCCUCGGAAAGUCAACUCUGGUGAACACCCUGUUCAAGUCCCAGGUGAGCCGGAGGAGUGCAGGGUGGUCCCGCGAUGAGAAGAUCCCCAAAACUGUCGAGAUCAAAGCCGUGUCCCACGUCCUCGAGGAGGGCGGUGUGAAGAUGAAGCUGACACUUGUGGAUACCCCGGGCUUUGGAGACCUAAUCAACAACAACAACUGCUGGGAGCCCAUUUGCAAGUACAUCAACGAGCAGUACGAGAAGUUCCUGAAGGAGGAGGUCAACAUCACCAGGAAGAAGCGCAUCCCCGACACCAGGGUGCACUGCUGCAUAUAUUUCAUCUCCCCGACUGGACACUCACUUCGGUUGCUCGACAUCGAGUUCAUGAAGCGCUUGAGUCACUCGGUCAACAUUAUUCCCGUCAUCGCGAAGUCGGACACGAUGACCAUCGAGGAGAGGCUGGAGUUCAAACAAAGGGUAAGGAAGGAUCUGGAGACGGCCGGGAUUGAGUUCUACCCACAGAAGGAGUUCGAUGAGGACAUGGAGGACAAGAGCGACAAUGACAAGAUCAGAGAGGCGAUACCCUUCGCUGUGGUGGGCAGCGACAAAGAAUAUCAAGUGAACGGCAAAUGUGUUCUGGGGAGGAGGACGGCGUGGGGCGUGGUAGAAGUUGAAAAUCCAAACCAUUGUGAGUUUUCUCUGCUGAGAGACUUCCUUAUCAGGUCUCACCUCCAGGAUUUGAAGGAGGUCACUCACAACAUUCACUAUGAAACCUAUCGUGCCAAGAGACUGAACGAGAACGGCGGUCUCCACCCCAUAUCCUCCCACGGCACCCAAGAAAGCAACCUGUAGUCAGCUCAGUCAGCGUGAGAAUAAAAACAAUCAAGCUGAUAGAGGAAUCUACAGAAUAUUGUAAUCAUUGUCACUGCGGCAUUGAUGCAUGCUCGAAAAAAACGUUUCAUUCUGUAAAAAUCGGUGUCAUUCAAACAUGUGAUUUUUUUUUUUCUCCUCCUGAUCCCUAACUCCUCCCAUCGUCGACACGUUGGUCCCCACACACACAUCAAACCCCUCUGGUUCAAUUUCAAAGUCAUUCCGAUGAGUAUUUGGAAAGAGCAAUGUAUUUUAACUCUAAAUCUGUCCUUCUGUACACAUUACAUCUAUUGCAUCUGUCCAUCCUAGGAGAGGGAUCCUCCUCUGUUGCUCUCCUCCAGGUUUCUUCCCUUUUUUUCCCCCUGAAGGGUUAUUUGGGAGUUUUUCCUGGUCCGAUGUGAGGUUUUGGGGCAGGGAUGUCUAUGUGUACAGAUUGUAAAGCACUCCGAGACAAAUUUGUAAUUUGUGAAAUUGGGCUAUACAAAUAAACUGAAUUGAAUUAAACAGGCUGAGUGCCAUUACAAAACUAACACUUAAUCAGCUGCCAAUGCCUUGUCAUGCAUCGCCUGACGGUUAGUGUCGGAUUAGAAAGCGCCACGUUACUUUGUGUAUCAGAGGCACGGUUUAAGUUUGAGUGUUGUGAAGCAGCGGAUGCCUGAAUUAAUUUGCAGAAAUGGUUACAAUCAUAAAUCCUGCACAGCUCGAGACAGCUACACAUUGUUGAUUUAAAACAGCUGAUAUCAGGGAAGAAUCCCGGCGGCUUCCCCUGCGCCGUCUGUUUAGAUAUUCACCCCUCACAAAGAAAGCCAAUGAACAGUUCCCCGACCUGUUUACGUUUGAUUUUUACCAUUUAAAAAUAGUUUGUGUAGUUUUACCUGCCUGCAUGAGAGAAAACUGCAACAUCAUUCACAUAUGAAAUGCAACUAUGUGGGCAUCCGUGUGUGUAUGUGUAAGGGUGUGUGUGUGUGUGUGUGUGUGUAAUUAAAGAAUUCCACCACAGUAGGUACAGAGGAAAAUAAAUGCUCUAAUGCUCGUGAUCACAUGCAUUAGCCGCGUUUGCUCCCUGGAGGAUAAUUAUAACACAUAUCAGUGGUUUUAAUAUCUACAUGUUUUCUUUGAUUGACAACAUGCCCCUGCCGCCCACCCCACAUGUUCACGGUAAUCUAAAGGCCUGCAGCAUGUCAGCAAAAAUAAACACUACCCUCGUGUUUUGUUUUUUUCUUGGUAGAUUUGAUGCAUUUUUCGUCACCCUCCCCAUUAGCCACUCAGGAAAAUAAUAUUUUCUUACCCAAAAUAACUCCCACCAAGCACACGGUGCCGGUGGUUAGAAACACAUUCAACUUGUUUGAUGACUUCUGCAAAGAUAUCAUUUGUUUGUGUGAACAAUACAGAAAUCUAACGUGACCAGUAUUUUUGUUGAUGGCAUUUAAAAAGAUAGUUCCUGAUGUUCGCCACUCGGGGGCAGCACUCUGACACGUAUGAGCAGGGACUUCCUCAGACACUCCGACCGCUCAGAUUAUUUUAGGUAGUUGAUACACAGUUGAGUGUUAUUUCCUGAUGACGUUGACAGAGUUUGGGUCCUCCACAGCGGUCAGUGAGAACAUCUCUCCAGACCAGGUUUACAAGAAACUUUAAGUAUAUUACCCCAGUGGGAUGCACUCAAAGCAACUCGAUGAACUAAGUUGAAUUGGUAUUUAUCGAGAGCUCCUCCAGAGGUCAACAGUCACGCUGCUCUGUGUGUCUGCAGCACAGCGUGAAUAUGCCAAAACUACGAGUAGUUCAAUCUAUCCAUCUAGCAAUCUUUCUUUGUUUUGGGUUGAGUCGUCAUGUUUAUACAGUCACACACAUUUGUGCGAGUUCGAUCGAUGAAAUGUGAUUCGUCUGCAACACGUUGCCAAUAGUCGUCUGUGAUUUUAGUGCAGUCAAAGGUGUGAAGCAGAGAUGUGGAAGUGCUGUUGUUGUGUGCAUGCUUGUGUCCGUACUGCCUGAUCGCUCACAGACGAUCGGUUCACACAUCGCUGCGACUUCAGCUGAUCCGCUCCUUCUAAAUGUGUCAUGUGUACAUUGAAUUGCUCGUGAGGUGAAAUCGCUGCUGUCUUAACUCCCUGUAACUGAACUGACAGCCCGCUAUCACUCACCCCUUUGAACCGGUAGAACUUCACAAUGUACAUUUAGUUGAUAACCACUUUUCUCAAAGUUGUCGUGACACAUUGAGAUCUCGUUUUCAGUGUUAUAUUGAGUUAUUUGUACAUUAAUGUCCUAUUAUUGUAAUUUAUUCUUUAUGUAAUAAAAUCACAUUCCCAUGGUU